CCGCACAAGCCACCAAUUAUCUUGGUAUCUAAUAAACAAACGAAGCAGUAUAGAGAUGCCUCAGCGGAGAUAUAACGAGACUAUACCCUUCAAAACUAAUCAGUAGUGGUCGAUCGUUCGUUUACAAAACUGCGUUGUGAUAGUAAAAUUAUUAGGACAAGAAUAUUAAAUACAUAUUAGAAAUAUUUCCAAGUACUUACUUAGGAUUUCAAAAUGGUUGCCAACGGGACCGUGGCAAAGGAAGACCCCAAACAUGACAAGAUCCCGGCAGCUACACUCGACGAAGCCAUGACACUAGCAGGAUUGGGCAUAUACAACAUCUUACACAUGCUACUGUGCGGCGUCAUCCUACUGGGUGUGAUCAUGCAGAGCCUGGCCCUCGGGUACGUGAUGCCGGCAGCGCAGUGCGACCUGCAGCUUACACUGCAGCAGCGAGGGUGGCUAGCAGCUAUACCAUUUUUGGCUAUAAUACUAAUGUCGUACUUCUGGGGCUGGCUGGCGGACACCCGCGGCCGGAGACCAGUGAUGCUCUUCUCCAUGCUCGCCAACGUGGUCUUCUCCGUGCUCACCAGCUUCGCGCCUGACCUUAUCAGCUUCGCAAUACUCCAGUUCUUUUCCUCUGUAUUUAUGUCCGGACCUUCAGCAGUGGUUUACACGUUCAUUGGUGAAUUUAAUUGUAACCAACACAGAGACAAGAUGGUUGCGUUCGGAUCUUCCUUCGUCGGAAUCGGAACAGUCGUAUUACCUGCAAUUUGCUGGCUCAUAUUACCACUGGAAUUUUCGUUCUACAUUCCAUUCCUGGAUAUUUUCUAUCGACCGUGGCGGCUGCUGGUGGUGGCCUGUGCGGUGCCCUACAUGAUUAGCUCGGUGCUGCUUCUCUUCACACCUGAGAGCCCCAAGUUCCUGAGUGCUACUGGCCAAAAAGACAAAGUAUUGAAUGUGGUAAAGAAUAUAUAUUCUGUGAAUCGCAGACAGCAUAAGAAAUCAUUUCCUGUCGAAUCGAUAAUAGUAGAAACUCAGACGGAAAAGGAUCCCAAAAACAAAGGCAUCAAAGCAAUAUUCUCUUCGAUGCGUGAACAAACCGUGCCCCUGUUCAAACCGCCGCUACUGCCGUGGACUUGUCUCACAUGUUUCGUGCAAUUUGGAAUAUUUGCAACCACAAAUGGCUUUUACGUUUGGUUUCCAACCAUCCUGAACGCGGUGGUGAACCAUGACGGAGGACCGAUGAGGAUCUGCGAUAUCCUCUCGUCGAGUUCCGAUGUUAACUCCAAUAAUAGUACAGACAUCGAAUGCAAUGACACAAUGAACACAGCCACCUUCCAAAAUUCGAUCUACAUCGGGCUGGUGUUCAGCUCUAUGUACCUGAUCGUCGGCUUUCUCGUUGACUUCGUUGGCAAGAAAUUAAUCCUAGUCGUGUUGCUGUUCUCCACCGGAGUGUGCGGAAUCUGUGCACAGUUCGCGUACAACAAGCAACUGGCCGUGGUACUCUUUGCCGUGUUCCAGAUGUCUGGAGCUUGCAUUGGACUGAUGACGGCCGUGGCUGUAGAGAUGUUCCCUACUAAAUUUAGAGCAAUGGCGCUGUGUCUGUCUAUGAUGAUGGGCCGUGUCGGUUCCAUGAUGGGCUCCAACCUAAUUGGGGUGUUCCUGCAAACGAACUGCGGGGUCAGCUUCUAUCUCUUUGGCGGAAUUAUCAUAUUGAAUUCCUUAUUUUGCCUGACCUUGCCCAAAAAGAAAAAAGACAAGACACCCACAAAGGAAAUAGCGGCUGAAGCAACACAAAACGAGACUCACGAACCAGUAUGAAGUGACCGUAACUGGAUUAAAGGAACAGAUGCCUACUUUCGAAGUCAAAACCAUUAAGCAGUUUUUAAACAUAUAAAUGAGUAUGAAGAAAGCGAAAGAGGGUUAUGAGUUGUGAAUCAAUUAUACGUAAGACGUUAAACGAAUUUGUCUUAAAUAAAUUUGUGCCAAAGUUACAUAAUAAUUUAUGUACAAAUUAAAAACAAUUAAAUUAUGUAUAUAAAUAAUAUUCCUACAAGAGAUUGAGUAGAAACUAUUUUUAUGUGAAAUGUAUUGUUGUAAAUAUAUCUAUAAAUAAAUAAAACACUGCAUUUACUCCAGUUUUAAAUUUAAGGGUAAAACUUUUCCAGCAAUACCUAGUUUUUUAUAAUAAAUUUCCUAAAAAAUUUUUGUUUUCUACAUACUUAUAAUAGAAUUAAGAGGUUAAUGCACUCUAAAGAAGUGUUUUAGUCUAAAAACAUUAAAUUCCAAAAUCUUUGGU